GCGACUGACGGAGGUGACUGCGGACGAAUCGGCGUUGGCCGAGGCUGGGAGAGUUUCGGGUGCUUGCGCUAGUCGCUGCUUUUGGCGCGAAAGAUGCCGGGUCUGACGGCCGAAAGCCCUGCCCUGUCUGACUCGCAGGAGAAGAAGCCGCUGAAGCCCUGCUGCGCCUGCCCGGAGACCAAGAAGGCGCGCGAUGCGUGCAUCAUAGAGAAAGGAGAAGAGCACUGUGGACACCUAAUUGAGGCCCACAAGGAGUGCAUGAGAGCCCUGGGAUUUAAGAUAUGAAAUGGUGGUCUGCUGUGUGACUGAAUAAUUCCUGAAGAAUGAAGAAGAUUCAAGAAUGUUGGGAGUUCUUUGGUGAACUUUGAUAAAUGGAUAAAGUAUAAUUUUUAAAAAGAAAAAAAAAAAAGAAAAUAUGCCUGGUCAAAAAUC